UCCGUGAUCGUAAAUGUCGCCCCUCGCCAGCGUGCGGUGGUCGCUCCGCCUCGUGCUGUCGCCCGUGGCGACACCUCGCCCAUCGCCCCCACAUCGACGCCAUUACCGCCGGUGCCACUCCGUACGCCCGCAGUUUCACGGCAAGUCCGCGGCGCAUGGUGCAGCCAGGCAACUGAAUGCCGUCGCUCGCAGCGACCCCGGCAUAAGCAGCAGCAGCAGCAGCAGCAGCAGCAGCAGCAGCAUGGCUCUAGAAUUCGAGGUGCUGGCGACCCACAAGCGCGCCAGAGCGGCGCGAAUGACGCUGCCGCACCACAGCUGCCUCACGCCCAUGUUCAUGCCCGUGGGCACGCAGGGCACGAUAAAGGGGCUGACGGCGCAGCAGCUGCAGCAGCUGGGCUGCCAGGUGGUGCUAGGCAACACCUACCACCUCGCCAACCGGCCAGGCGCUGACGUCAUUGCUGACGCGGGCGGGCUUCACGCCUUCAUGGACUGGCCUCGGGGGCUGCUCACGGACUCGGGGGGCUUCCAGAUGGUGUCGCUGCUGCACCUGGCGGACAUCACAGAACGAGGGGUGGAGUUCCAGUCGCCGGUGGAUGGCAGCCGCAUGCUGCUCACCCCGGAGGAGUCCAUCGCCAUCCAGGUGAAUCUGCAGGCCACCCCAACCCAACUGCCAGGAGCGCAGAACAAGAUCGGUGCUGACAUCAUCAUGGCUCUGGAUGACGUGGUGAGCAGCCUGGUGUCGGGGCCGCGCAUUGAGGAGGCGACGCACCGCACGCUCAGAUGGAUGGACCGGUGCAUGCAGGGUGAGUUGAAGGCCCACAGCCGGCCGCACGAUCAGAACCUGUUUGGCAUCGUGCAGGGAGGGCUGGACCCCACGCUCAGGGACAUCUGCCUCAAAGGGCUCAUUCAAAGAGAUUUACCCGGGUACGCCAUUGGUGGGCUGGCGGGCGGCGAGGACAAGGACGCGUUUUGGCGUGUAGUGGCGCAGUGCACGGCAGCACUGCCGGCCAACAAGCCCAGAUACGUCAUGGGAGUGGGCUACCCGCUAGACAUAGUGGUGUGCUCCGCCCUGGGCGCGGACAUGUACGACUGUGUGUACCCCACCCGCACGGCCCGCUUCGCCACGGCUCUGAUCCCCGAGGGCGUGUUGAAGCUCAAGCAUGCCGCCAUGGCGCACGACCACCGCCCCAUCGACGCCUCCUGCUCCUGCCUGGCGUGCCGCAACUACUCGCGGGCAUACCUGCACUCACUGGUGACCAAGGACCCCGUGGGCUGCCACCUGCUCACCAUGCACAACAUCGCUUACAUGAUGCAGCUCACGAGGUCAAUGCAUGACGCCAUUCUCAGUAACACCUUCCCCAGCUUCGUUGUUGAUUUUCUCAAGAAACAGUUCCCCCACGGUGAUGUCCCCCAGUGGGUGCAGUCUGCCAUGCAAGUGGCUGAAAUCGAUAUCUCUCCGGCACUGCGCUCUGCUCCCCACUCUGCUCCCCACUCUGCUCCCCACUCUGCCUCACCACACUGACAUCUUUCCCCUGCACCUGCUGCUCGCUCGAGGUGACUCUCGGAUCGACUCAAAAGGCACCGCAGUCAGCCAUGUGAGCUGCUGCCAUCCACAUCUCUCCUCUGCACUGCGCUCUGCUCCCCACUCUGCCUCACCACACUCACUUCGCACAGGCUUGUUCACACUUGUGCGUGGGGCUCCUCGUGUGUGGUGCCGAGCACCAUGGAUGAGAUGACACCAAUGGGCCUCCAUUGUUGUUGAGCUUCUAGUUUCUAUCCAUAAUCCAUGUGUGAUCUCGAGUGAUGGGACCGUUUUGUUUCGUGCACCCACGUAAAGCACCCCCUUGAAUAACGGAAACAACGGCAGAGGCUCUUCAAGAACUGCUGUGCCAUAACUGCUGUGAAUUGAACUAGUCUUUGCACUCUCUGCAUGACAUAAGUUGGGCCUCUUCAGAGUUACUGUGACAAAGUCUAGAUUGCUGGGUGUGGCUGUGGAAUAACGAUAGUACUGGAGCUUCCCAGCACCCCCGAGAACAGAACAGGACCCUUU